AUAAACUGUGGACGAUGUCUAAUAUUAAAUUUCAAGAUAUACCUAUUAUUUUUAUAACGUUUAUGAUAUGUCACGGUAUGUUGUCACAUAUAUUUCUUUGUAUGUGUUUUAACAGAAUUAUUUCACGAACCACUUAAAUCGCCAAUAUCAAUAGACGACUCAUACCAAUCAAACUUUUGACACCAAACAAUUUGUUAUCCGCUUAAAAAAAAUUAUUUCGUUAUUACAUACAUACCUUACCUAUUCUAAUUUUGCAUCAAAACAAACAUCAAACAAUCAAAAUUACUUUAAGAUAAUGUAAUGAAGUAGCUCGAAGCAACGUUAUUUUAUAUAUUUCCAUAAAGUUGUCAAGAUAGUAAUUCUGAAAUAUUUGUUGUGAUAAUAAUUUUAACAAUGGAAUUACUGAAUAAAGAAGAAAUAUUGUCAAUAGCAAAAAUAUGUGGAUUUAAUAACGUCAUAAGUUGGUGCAUUGAAGAGUUUCCUAAUAAAGUCAUCGGAUACCUUGGAGAUCAUCUUAAACUUGUUAUUCAAGUCGAAUCAAAAGGGAUCCGGACUAAUUUAAACUUGUUUAUAAAAUGCAUGCCGAGGCUGGACAAGUGGAAAGCUCAGUAUUUAAAAGAACUGAACUUCUUCAAAAAAGAGUAUGUUAUGCUCAGUAAAUUAUUCAAAGAUUUUCGGAGCAUUGAAGCUUCCCGUAAGUGGCGCCCUAAGCUACUCUUCAUAAAAGAGGAUAUAUUCGUUUUUGAAAAUAUCACAACAAUUGGAUAUUCCAUGCCAGACCACAAGGAGACCAUGCCAUUAGAAAUGUUAAGAGCCGCUGUUAAAAGUUUAGCUAGAUUCCACGCUGAAUCAUAUAUUUACGAGGAAAAUAAAUCUAAAGAACUCGGAAGACCCUACAGAAUUUGGGAAGACUAUAGCGAAUACCUCCAAGAACCUGAACAAGGAAUGGCCUGGCGGAAUACUGGCAGAAACGGUGUUAUUGAUUUCUUAAAAGUGUUUUCAAGGUUUAAAGCCGAAUCAAAUUUUUCUCGACAUUUAGAUUUCAUCAUACCAAUGCUAUAUGAUGGAGCAUUAGCUCUAAUGAAACCCAGCUCUGAAUACAGGAACGUAGUGGCACAUCGUGAUCUGUGGACGAACAAUAUACUGUUAAAAAAAUGUGAAGAUUCUUAUCAUGCUGUUUUAGUUGACUUUCAAACAGUCUUGUAUUGUUCUCCGAUGCUGGACUUGUCAUCUCUCAUAUUCUUUAACACGACCAGAAGUGACAGAUACAAUUAUACAGACGAACUCAUCGAUCUUUAUUAUGACACGAUAUCGGAAGAAUUACUCAUAAAAGAUAUUCAAAUCAAUGAAAUCAUGGACAAAGAUACCUUGAUAAAGGCGUACAAUGAUAGCAUUAUGUUUGGAAUUACCCAAGCUGCGUUAAUAGUUCCAAUAGUAUCGAUGACCGAAGAGAAGAGAAAACAAAUAUUCUAUGACCCUGAAAAUUGUAAAAAAGCGAAUGUCGUUUCUCGUGGUGAAUACUUUAUUGAAAUCGCCAAAGAAGAUGCAUCUUAUCGAAAAAGGGUACUAGAAUUAUUCGAUGAAAUUAUUGAAAGAUACAUAUAUCCACAUGAAAGCAGCCAACAUAGACCCGAUAAACAUUAACAAAAUCAUAUAUUACUGAGCAGAGAUGAUUUAAAGACUUGACUUUUAUCAUAAACUGCGAAUAUAUCGAAAUUUGAGAUUCAUGGUUUCCUACAUGUAAAUAAUUUUUUAUUUGUUUUAGGUUUAAUAUAUCUUAUUUACUCUUAUAAUCUUAGUUAAUGUUAAUAUUGUGCCAUAGAGCGGUGACUAUAAUUUGAGGUGCGUGUCUAAUUAUCUGCAAUUAAUAAUUUUGUAUUCGUUAAGGAACAUACAUUGUUCUUCAGUUAUGGAUUCUCAGUCAAAGCCAAUCUGCGAUAACGGCAUUUGUGUAUCAGAUGCGGACGUCAAAUCUAUUGUAUCAAACUAUCUGGAUCUAGAAAACGACUGUGCUAUAAGUAACUAUUCUAUUUAUAAAGCAAGUGAUCAAAUGCUAGGGUAUAUAGCUGACUACUGGAAAUUGAAAUGUCACUUGACUGAUGAAAGAGUGCUUUCCUUUUUCAUCAAAGCUAUAUCGAGAUGCAACCCGGCAAAAGCGAAUAUGAUAAAGGAAAUGAAACUCUUCGAUAAAGAAUUAUCCUUCUAUUCUCUCAUCCGGAAAAAUAUGAUGGUUGCCGGUAAGAUUAGUUCAAAAUGUAUAAUCUCUCGGAUAUGGGCCUUAAGUAAAUUGUGACGUAAUAAUUAUUGUUGCAGGUCUCAAGCCGUUUAGCAGUAGGCUAAUUGCUACUUUAGACGAUGCAAUGGUAUUUGAAGACUUAAACGCUCUUGGCUAUAAAGUUAAGAAUAAAUUCGAUAAAUUUGAUUUAGAUCACACUUUACAAUCCCUGAAUACUUUAGCGAGAUUUCAUGCGUCUUCAAUAAUUUUUGAAGAGCGAAGAAGCAUUGAACUGCAGCGCAAUUAUUCAAUGAAUGAGGAUUUUAAUCAAUUUUUUGAUGAAGCUGGCUACCGAGAGUCGAAUGUUUGGUUUCAACAAUGCAUGAAUGGAGCGCUUGAAACUGUCCAUUCAUAUUCUAAGUAUAAUAAAGAAGAGUUGGAGCUAAUUGAUGCGCGUUGGAGUCAGGUUUGGCUGUCAGCCUUAAAUCUAAGCUCGUGCUCUUCAGUUUAUAGGAAUGUUUUGUGCCACCGUGAUUUAUGGAACAAUAAUAUAAUGUUUCUUUACGAAGACAGAACUGGUAAUCCAACAGACUGUUUAUUUGUAGAUUUUCAGGCCAUACGCUACCAGCCGCCUGCUAGUGAUGUUAUGCUUUUAUUGUGUUGCAAUCUGGACAAAAAGUAUAGAGAAGCAAAUUUAAGUACUUUUCUCAAUUAUUACUAUACUGAAUUACAGCUAUGCUUAGAAAUAUCCAAUUUGAAUAUUAUUAAUAGUUUCACAAAAGAGGAACUAUUUUUAUCGGCCCAAGAACAAAGGAAAUUCGGGUUAAUCGUUUCCGCUUGUAUAAUUCCCCAAAUAUGGUUAGAUGACGAAUUUACGACAAAAACGUUCAGUGACCCAAAUCAAUUUAAAAAAAUUCUUACUAUUGACAAGGGAAAAUUCAUCAAAAAGAACAUGGAACACAAUUUAAACUACAGAAAAACUGUUAUGGAAAUAUUCGAAGAGAUAUGUGAUAGAUACUGUUUGUAAAUUCCAUAAAAAAAGAAUAAUACUAUAAUGGCUUUUAAUAUUUGACUAGACUUCGAGAGGAUUAUAAAUGAUUACUAUUAAAAGCCGCACUAAUUUUAUUGUUUUGCACUUUGCAAGUCCAGCUACAGCUCCGUGGGGUUUGCGGGAUCCCUCAACAUCGAAUUAGGAACCGACGAGGGGCCCUAUGAACUUAUGAAAUGACCAUAUUCUCGCUUUGUGUAUUGUUUUAACGGGCCAAUGUUAAUAAAAACUACGUGGACAGAAAAUUA